CCAGGGCGCGUAAACGAAACCUGCGCGCAGGUCUCCGCUGAGCUGCAUUUGCUUUGGAAGUGCCUUGAGCGCUCAUCGUGCCUGUAAAGACUUCUCACCCACCGAGAACGCACAGAAUCAAGCACGGGUUGCGCGUAGACCGAUGGUGCGAACCGUGAUAAAUGAUUUUAGGAGAUACUUUUAUUAGUUCCCUCUUCUCAAAACUUGACUCAACAGGCAGUUGUAGAAAGUGAGUUGAUGCCACAAGAGGCUCGACUGUCGUCUGCUCCAGUGCUCCGCGGCUCCGCUCAGGAUGAACGGAACGUUUUUCAACCACACGGUGUUUACGCACGGCGUUCUGCUCAACCGCAGCCAAGAACUGGCGGGGACACUAGUUGACUGCUGCACGGGGAAUGGGAGCGAAGUGACCGCGAACGACGGCGGCGGGUCUCUAGUUCUCGCGCAGGACGAGCGCAAGCUGUUCGUUACGCGCGUGGUGCAGAUCGCGGUGCUGUGCGUUCUUUCUCUCACGGUGAUGUUCGGGAUCUUCUUUCUCGGUUGCAACCUCAUGAUCAAGUCCGAAAGUAUGAUCAACUUCCUGGUCAAGGACCGCAGACCAUCCAAAGACGUGGAGGCGGUGAUGAUCGGACUGAGUUAGCCUCGGGGGUCACCUGUAACCGGACAGGGAGUCACGGAGAUAUGCAACUUACCUUUUCACUCCCUUUGAGUUCUGAAAGGAAAAGGCACGCCGUCUUUUGGUUGGACUGAAGCAAAGAUGACAUAUAUUCCGCUGCACGUUUACGAAAUGAGAAUGUAUUUAUUCAUGUUUACGUAGCUUUUUGUAUUUGAGGUCAUUUUGCUUGUGAUUUUAUACAGUGAAGUGUUUACACGUUUUUACCUCAGAAAAAAAGUAUGUAUUUACUGCAUUAUGUUACAGUUACAAGCAAAUUCUACGACAGUAACCGUGGUUUUCCGACAUAUUAAUAUUUGUAUAACCACAGUUAAUUUUGUGGUUACGCAUGGUCUAAUUACAAUUAAUUUACUUUAAAGAGAUUGGGGGUGGGGCUAACUUUCGUAAAAGGUUAACUUUCGUAAAAGUUAGUUAUCUAAAAUACAACGAUUUUAAUAAAGUGAUAAACGAUAACAUGCUUUUUCACGAUUGGUCUUAAUGGCAACGCGUUGUCAUGGUGACUUCCUUUUACGAGUGAAAUGUAGCGAAGUUCUGAUUUUAUUUCAGAAAAUCCCGCCGAAAAAAAAAAUGCCCUCAGCAGUCUUUUGGUUUGACUCCGUUUCGCGGGAGCGGGGUUCAAGUCUUAUUAUUCGACAUUAUAAUAAGAUUAUUAUUCUUUUUAUUUCCUUUUUUUUGGUUUGUACUGGACAAUCACUUUCGGACGCAUGCUGUUUUGUGAACGGUGACUUUUUCACCCUGAAUUGCAGGUGUUUGUUAUUUUUCUUCAAGUUUAACUUGUGGCCGAGGGCACGUGACGGGGGCAGACGUUCAUCCGGUGGGGCUCUUGCACGUUUUCCCCGAUCGCACCGGCUCACGUCUCUCCCUCUGCAUGCGCGGUGCUCGGUGUGUCAGGCACUUUCUACGUGAAGACCUCAAUGCUGCAUGCAGUAUUUUGUAAACUGUAUUGACUUGGAAACUUGAACUUGUGCAGCAUGCUUUGAAUAAAGUUGUUAAAACAUUA